AUGACCAGCCAACGCAAACCAGUUGUCAGCUUCCUUGGCCCAGUUGCCUCGUACACCCACCAAGCCGUUCGUCAGGCUUUUUCUGAGUCAAUCUGGGAAUUCCAUCCUGCAGUCACCAUAGACGAUAUCUUUGAACAAGUCCAGAAUGGCCAGGUACAAGCUGGUGUUGUGCCCUUUGAGAAUUCCACAAAUGGCUCCGUGGUCUUCACUCUGGACAAUCUAGCUGAUAGAGCCAAUCGCUAUCCGGACAUUACCGUUGAUGGCGAGACAUAUGUGGACGUACGCCACUGCCUUGUUGGUCACAAGAGCACUGUACCAGUCGUUGAGGAUGCAGCUGAGGGAUCCGGCACUUGCACACCCACAGCCACGGCCCCUUCACCUUCUAGGCCACGGUCCAAACCCCUGGCCAGCCUUAAGCGCAUCCAGCGGCUAUACUCGCACCCUCAAGCAUUCGGUCAAUGUACAGCUUUCAUCUCCACCUAUCUUAAGGGUGUCGAAAUUUUCGAGGUUAGUUCGACCAGCAAGGCAGCCGAAAUUGUGAGCAAGGAUACAACAGGCACCUGGGCUGCCAUCUCCAGUGAGCUCGCUGGUCAACUUCACGGUCUCGAUUUCUUAGGUAAAUCAAUUGAAGAUCGAGAGGAUAACACCACUCGCUUCUUGGUGAUUGGAACCAACGCCGCGGGCCCGAAAGACCUGGAAAAAACCAAACAAGCCGUAGCUCAAAAGGGAAGCAAGUCACUGGUCUCUUUCACAGUGCCUCACACAUCACCGGGUGCUUUGGCGGAUGCACUCAGCUGUUUCCGCGCUUUUAACCUCAACUUAACCAGUAUCAACAGCCGCCCAAGCCUUGUGCAGCCCUUUCAAUAUAUAUUCUUCGUCGAAUUCGAGGGCCACAAGUACGACGACCCAGAAGGGCGCGUCAAUGGUGCGCUGGACAAGAUUGGCCGUGUGGCCGAGAGUUGGAGGUGGCUUGGAAGCUGGGAAAAGCAUACAUAA